AUGACUGGAGAACAGAGCAGCAAGCGCCGGCGUCUCGACCACGCGGCCUCUGCACUGUCCAAGCCGUUCAAGUCCCCUCUACGCAGAGUCAUCCAGCAAGCGGAGCCAGCCAUUGACACUCCCUCCAAGCCAAUUGAAGCUUGUCUACCUACAACUCCUAAACACAACAGAUUAGUUCGGUCUACUAAACCUUCUUCUUCUUCUUCAUCUCUCUUAUCCACAGAUCCAGUGCUGGUCUCCCUGCAGAAACAAGAAAGGAUCCUAAGGGCGCGUCUCGCCACGCUACGCUCCACCCUUGAGACAGCCCAGCAAGCUACAAAACUGGAAUGUAGCACACGCGACGACGAGCUCGAAUCGCUGAUCCAGAAAUGGCGGGCCGUGAGCCAGGAUGCCGCGGAGGAAGUCUUCGAUAGUGCCCGGGAGCGGGUGAUGCAGAUGGGCGGGAUGAAAGGGUGGAGAGAGCGUGGAGCGGGUGGGAAUAGUAGGUCAGGGUCUAGUUCGUGGUGGGAUACCGAUACCUCGUCUGGAUGGUUUGAUGGUGAGGGGUUGGAGGGGGCAGAGCGGAUGGAGCAGAAAGAGGAGAGCAAAGAGGGCAAAGAAACUGAAGAGGACUUCACCAUGGAAACGAUGUUGAAGAUGCUCAAUAUCGAUUUCAAGACGGUAGGAUUUGACCCAGUUACUCAGGCGUGGGUCAAGGGUGAUCUGUGA